CUCAGUCUCUUCCAGUGAAAUGACUGAACAGUGUACGGGCAACGGUAGGAAACUGAACAGGAAGGGGUUCGGUUCAGCUCUAAGACCGAGCGGGCACAGACCUGGUAAAUGCUACAUAAAAUAAAGAGAACUCGAUAAAAUAAAUGUUGGGAGGCGUCAGUGUAAAACCACAGCAGGAACCUGGCAUUUAAGGCCUCAAACCGUAAGAGCGGGUUAGCUGGGCGACCCUCAACUCGGAACGCAGUUUCUGCGGAGUGCAGUUUUCCCGCCGGAGUCAGGGUCAGCUGCACCUUUCCGUAAUGCGCAGGCGCAGAGCCACUUACAGAGCAUGGAAACGGUGGGUGUCCUGUGUUUGGUUGUGGUGGUACUAGCACGGAUCAUCUUCUGGGUUUGGGAUUCCUCCGAACGAAUGAAGAGUCAGGUGCAGGCUGGCCUGCUGGGAAACGGAAGCCGGACCCUCCUGGUGAUCGCGCACCCCGACGAUGAAGCCAUGUUCUUUGCUCCCACUUUGCUAGGCUUGGCCCGCCUGAGGCACCGCGUGUUCCUGCUCUGCUUCUCCGCAGGAAAUUACUACAAUCAAGGGGAGAUUCGUAAGAAAGAACUUUUGCAGAGCUGUGAUGUUUUGGGGAUUCCACCCUCCAGUGUAAUGAUUAUUGACAACAGGGACUUCCCAGAUGACCCAGGUGUGCAGUGGGACACAGCGCGUGUGGCCGACAUCCUGCUCCGGCACAUAGAAGUGAAUGACGUCAACCUGGUGGUGACUUUCGACGCAGGGGGCGUCAGCGGGCACAGCAACCACGUGGCUCUGCACGCAGCUGUGAGGACCCUGCACUCAGAAGGGAGGUUACCUGAAGGGUGCAGGGUGCUCACCCUCCAGUCUGUGAAUCUGCUGCGCAAGUACAUCUCCCUUCUGGACCUGCCCUUUUCUCUGCUUCACACCGGCGAUGUCCUCUUCGUGCUCACCAGCAAAGAAGCAGCACAGGCCAAGAGAGCCAUGUCCUGCCACCGCAGCCAGCUCCUCUGGUUCCGCCGGCUCUAUGUGCUCUUCUCCCGCUACAUGAGAAUCAACUCUCUGCACUUUCUCUGAAGCCUGGAAGCCUUUUCGGAUCAAGGAACAGGGAAGGAGUAAGAAGACCAGGAAGCCCGGGCUCUGGUCUGGAGCUGGCUCCUCUCCUGGAGUCAAAGGAGAUCCCGCGGCGGUGGGGGCGGUGGGGGGGCACCCAGAAUUCUGCUGUCAGAGCUGUCAGCCCCUAAUGACAGGGAGGCCAGGCAGGCCAAGGGGCUGUCUAAGCUUCACAUCUCCCUCUGGGGAAAAAAACCAUAAAAAAUAACAUAAUGAGAUAAAUCCGGUGAUACAUUCAUGUUUGGUAAUAAAGAAAAAUGUUCAUGAUAUAUUAAAUUUCAGAAAGCAGUCUAGGAAUGCCAAAAUCCAACAAUGGUACACAUACACACACAUACACAUAAAAGUCUGUAAAUAAAUAUACAUAUAUACAAGGCUAUAUAUCCAUAAGGUCAUCUUUCUACAAUGAACAUUUAUAAUUUUAAAGGAUUUUUGUUGUUUAUGAGUAGUUUUUUUAAAGACUAUUUAUUUAUUUUUAGAGGGGGGAAGGGAGAAAGAGAGGGAAAGAAGCAUCAAUGUAUGAUUGCCUCUUGCAUGCCCCGCUACUGGGGACCUGGCCCGCAGCCCAGGCCUGUGCCCUGACUGAGAAUCGAGCCAGCGACCCCUUGGUUCACAGGCCAGCACUCAAUCCACUAAGCCACACCAGCCAGGGCUGUUUAUGAAUAGUUUGUUAUUGUUUAUGCUUUUACCUUUGUCCCUGCAUUUUCUCCCUUUGGCCACCUCCAGCCGGCCACACCCCUCCCCUUCCUAAGGCAGUGCCCCUGUCAUUGUUCAUAUCCGUGGGUCAUGCAUAAAUGCACUCCAGCCAAUCCCUUCACCAUCCUUCAUUGUGUAUGAAUAGUUUUUAUGUAAGAAAAUACUUUUGAUAUAGUGUGAAAUUUUUAAAAAUAUAUAGUCAGUAUAAUUUCAAUUAUGUAAAAUGCUAGCCACUUAUACAGCGCUGGUAGACACAUAAAUGGCAACCUCUGCAGAGGAAAGUUGGCAAUUUCUGGAGAAGUUAUAUACCCUCUGAUCCAGCAUUUCCACCUCUGGUGACUUACACUAUAGAUUUCCUCAGAUACCAAAAGAGGUAUGGAAGGGAUAGGCGUUGAAACGCUUUUAAUAGUAAAAUACCGAUCAAAUGUCUGUCAAUUAAGGAUUAUUUAAGUAAAUUGUAGCUAAAACAGUAAAGUAUCACAAAACUAUUUUUUAAAUCAAAUUUUGGCUUUAUUUCAUGUUCACUAGGUCAGUUCAAACUCCUGUCUACACCUUGUGAGUUGGGUGAGCGGGGCUGGGCUGUGGUCACCUUGGCCUUUUCAAGUUACAAAUCAGUAGCGGCAGUGCAAAGGUGGACCACACAUGCGGAGUUUAUUGCAUCAUCGUAAACAAAAAGUUUUGUUUCCUGAUCAGAUACCCAAAAGGUAAUAAAAGAAAUGUAACUUAGCUCCAAUUUGAAUGCUUGUAUUACAAAAUAUAAGCCUCACGUUGACAUUUUUAUUUAUUUUAAAGAUUUUAUUUAUUUACUUUUUAGAAAAAUUUUAUUUAUUUACUUUUAGAAA